CAUCAAAUGCGUUAGAUCUCUUAAACUCUAUGCAUCAGAUCCCUUCAAAUUUAAAGAAGAUAUAGAUAUAGUGUAUGUUCGUUUUGUGGCUAACAAAAGAUGUAAGGAAAUUACGUUUAAAAUCUUGUACAUAUUGUAGGUAUUUACGUAUUCAGCCAUUGCCUGUUUAAUAUACAAUGUUUUUCGCAGAAGUGAUAGUCCGUAACUCGGCGAUUGCAGCUCUUGUUUACUUUCUUUCAAUGGUUCUUCCUGAACGGAAAGUAGACACACCAGGAAUUUAUGAGAAACACGUCAAUGAAAUGUAUGAUUAUAUUGUUGUAGGAGCUGGUUCGGCUGGUAGUGUUGUUGCCACUCGAUUAUCGGAGGAUUGUGAAACUUCCGUUCUUUUGUUAGAAGCUGGGAAAUCGGAUUUGGAACCUAACGACGUCACUCAGAUACCAUUUUUGUGGUUUUCCCUUAUAGGUUCUGAGAAAGAUUGGGGAUAUCGUUCAGUACCACAAAAAUAUUCCCAUUUUGCUUACAAAAAUGAGAUAGAGAAGUUACAUAGCACAAGGCAAAGUGCUUGGAGGAUCAUCGUCAAUAAAUUCAAUAAACAUACUAAGGGGCAGUCGUAGCAAUUAUGAUCAAUGGAAACAAGAAGGAGCAGUUGGAUGGGGAUAUGAUGAUGUGCUGCCCUACUUCAGAAAGCUUGAAAAUGCUACAGAGACAUCGUACAAAGACUCAACUUUACGAGGACUUGAUGGACCUAUAGUUAUAAAAGAGAAAACUGGGAGUGUAUUACAGUCAUUUCAUCAUACAGCGGCAAUGGAAAUUGGUUUUUCUACAGUAGAUUGUAAUAGCGAUAAUCCGAUAGGUUUCUGCAAAAGUCAGACAAAUAUAAAAGACGGUAAACGUUGCAGUACAUCAACCUGUUACCUUCGGCCAGUAUUACAAAGAUUCAACUUACAAGUCAGUUUGCGGUCUCAUGUCACUAAGGUGUUGAUAAGGAAUAACAAAGCUGUUGGUGUUGAAUUUGUAAAAGAUGGCAAGAAAAGACUUGUAUUUGCAAAACAUGAAGUUAUUCUUUCAGCUGGAGUCAUUGGAUCUGCUCAGAUUCUAAUGCUCUCGGGAGUCGGACCUCGCAGACAUCUUCAACAAAUGAAGAUACCAUUAACAGUUGAUCUACCUGUUGGACAGAAUUUGUAUGAUCACUUAAACUUCAUUGUUCAAUAUAAUAUUACUGCACCAUUAAAUAUAAACAAUAAAAAAGCGGCUGAACCAGAUAGAAUUUUGGACUAUAUUGUCAACAGAGAAGGAAUUUAUUCCAAAAACGGAGCUGAAGGAUCAAUUCUACAAAAUGUCAACCCGCUAGAUACAAGAGGUCCACAAAUUGAACUUCAGUUGUCUAACGUUGCUUAUGAAGAAGGUUUCGUUUUAGACCCAAACCUUGCAUUUAAAAAUGAGAUUGUAAAAGAACAUUUAAAACGUGUUGAUCAAAACAGUUUUGUAGUAGUUAUGUUCUUAUUACAACCAAGAAGUAAAGGUUAUUUGAGGCUAUCAAGCAAAUCACCGUUCACAUAUCCUGUAAUAAAUCCACGAUAUCUUUCUCACCCAGAGGAUAUUGAAGACUUUGUUAAAGGCAUUCGAUUGAUGCGUUCGUUAGAACAAACUGAAGCAUGGAAAUCUAUCGGUGCCACUUUGGUUAGACAAGAUGUACCUGGACAUUGUAGUGAAGAAAUCUAUGAUUCUGAUAAUUACUGGAGAUGUAUUGGACGACAUUUCCUAAGAAGUGCAUAUCACUUUAUUGGCACAUGUAGGAUGGGAUCAGUUGAUGACCCGUCGGUUGUAGUAGAUUCAAGAUUAAGGGUUAUUGGUAUUGAUAAACUAAGAGUGGUCGAUGCAUCCGUUAUGAGAUAUAUUCCUUCGGGUCAUACAAACGCACCAGCCAUGAUGAUUGGAGAGAAAGCUGCAGACAUGAUCAAACGUGAUAAACUCUUAGAUAUACAUCUAAACCUGUGAUGACUCAAUGAACCAUUUCAUCGAUUGUUUCCUGGAAGUCGGUUGCUGACUUGAUAAAAAGAUGCUUUAAUAAAAAAAGAAUUAAGGAUAUAGUUAGCUGAAAUUAAAUAAAAAUCUAGAAUUUAAAAUUGAUACUAUAUUUAGAAGAGCAUUACUUAAGGAACAAAAUAAGCUAAAAAUAUUGAUAGGUUAUGGAAUUCCUUUUUGUGAUAUUUGAUGUUUUAAAAUGGCGGAAAAAGGCUGACUCGAACUUUUACCUUAUAUUCAGCAUUUACAUAUUGGGUCUCAAAUUGUAAGAAAAAAAAACUCUAUAAUCUGCUUAAAUUUUUGUUAUGACCUUUUUAUGACAUAUUGAAGACUUCUAUUAAAAGAAAAGUGGGUGAUAUGAGGCAAAAUAUUUUACUCUGUAUCGUAGGAAAAAAUAUGUGAAGGUGAUUCUAGGCUUACAAUAAACUUAUAAAAUUGUAUAACUUCUCUUGAUAGCGGACUGAAAUCUUCACUUUUUUAUCACAUGUAUAGAUGUUCAUGUAAAGAAUAUUUGUAUUGUUGUCGGGUUUUUUUACUUUAUCAUUUUGAAAAAGAGGGAAUCAUCAACAUAUUUUUUCAAUAGCAGUUUUGAUGUUUCUCAGAAAAACGUUAGAAAAUAUUGCAUAAAUAAAGUGUUUUUUUCUUU